AUGACGACAUGCUUGUGUUUAUACGUCUUUCUCAUCAUUCUCGCCUCCUUCAUAAACCGUAAUUUCGCCUCCAUUGUUGCUUCCAACUUCAACUUUUUCACUGCACAAUCCAACACGUAUUCACUUGUUGGGUCCACCAUCCGCGCCAGAAAUACUUCACCGAACGCUCCUGAGCCAAUUUUCUUGUAUAGUAUGACAUCUUCAUGGGCGAUAAUCCACAUCGACGAUUCUGGUGUCUCUCGGACUAAGAUGCCACAAUGUUCAAGAAAAUCCAAAACCAAAAAGGUAUCCCCAAUCGCUCCAACUUCAACGAAGGUGAAAAUUAUCGCGGCGGCUGAGAGAAAGUACUCAGUUUGGUGCGGAGGAUCGAUCUUCUCCUCGCUGACGUCCUUCGAUUCUCAAUGGAUAACCCGAGAAGAGUACGAGGAAGUCGACGAUUCUCGGACAAAGCUUGAGCUAUUCACUUGCAUAGCAUGGACAACGAGUGUAGAUAUCACUGUCAACUUCAAUGGAGAACGUUCUAGCCAUCGCAUGGAACAUGGAAUUCCCUGCAAGAUGCCGGAAACCAACAUAUCAAUCGUUAUAACUGGAUUCCCCACGCCAUCCACCUCAAUGCAUGCUGUCACAUUUAUCAAAAAAUAG